AUGCCAAGUCGCCGUAAGUCUGGCAUCCGUCUAACCGAUGAAGAAACCGCGAUCAUUCGAGAAAAACUAAUCGAAGGUCACUCGUAUCAUCAAGUCGCCGAGAUCGUCGAACGAAGUGUCUCAACUAUUUUUCGAGUCGCCAAUGAGCUCAAGGCGGAAGACCCGGUGUUUCGAGACUGUCGUCAACAGAGGAGACUCUCUGAACCAGAAGUUCAGGAAUGGUACAAAAUGAAAGGAGUGAAUAAGCUUUAUGCACCGUAUGUUACCAAGGUUUCUGAACAACGCAAAUCAAGUAAGAAGACUCAAAAAGUCAAUGUCGCUUCGUUGGUAAGUUCUGAUCUUGGUACUAAAGUAACUCGCUCGAAACGCAAUUUUAUGAGCUGA